GUGUCCCUAUUUUUAUUUUAUUUUCACUUUUUUAUCGCUACUUAGUAGGCGCAUUCACCACUCCAUGAAUGAAAUGAAUGGCAUAGUAGUCAAGUAUUCUGAGAGUAUCUUGAGGGUGUGGGGGGAUAGGGGAAGGCAAGUAGAAAGUGUGCACUCCACAGCGACGGCGCAGACCUUUUCACUGUAACAAUGCCUCUCUGAAAGGGGCUCGAAGAGCCCUCCUCAUGGAAUGGCAAGUUCCCUAUAGUAGUCCGAUGUUAAGCAGUAAAUAGAGUUCGCGAGUCUAUGUAGUCGAUUUACCUACCUGCGGGUCAUCUGAUGUUGAGGAAAUGGACAACUACGAUUAACUUUUGAUAAAUAUGAAGGCCUUUCAGGAAGAACAAACCCAGACAAUGUUAGAUGAAAUACUAGAUCUGAGGUGAGGCGAAGUGAAGGGAUAAAUGAACGAGUUAUACUCGUUGCUACCAGUUGGUUUAGCAAUUUUCACAUCUACGACACAAUUUUUAUCAAAAGUCCUUAAUAUUCUCCCUUAAAUUGCUAUUAAGGAGGAAAGAUCCAUUAUAAUCUUUACCCCAGAUCGAUUAAUUGCUUCUUGGCGCUCGAACGGACACAUUGAGAAAGAUGUACUGUUAAAUGGCAUUGUACCUCGUUUAUAUUAUUCCUCCUUAUGGUAACAUUCAUUCAGUAUUAUUUUAUCUUUGUAUCUAUGCGUGUUAAUUUAUUUUAUACAAGGCGAUUUAGUUUAGAAGAAGUGGACAAAAAAGCGAAACUGAUCCCAGUGUAGGUUGUAGCUGUCAUAAAGGCGAUGGCGCCCCUUCCUGUCCUUAAAUUCUUCUUUCUUGGGGUUCGGCAACUCACAAAGCCGGUAGCUAAACAUGUUGUCGCGCGAGCUAACGCCAAGCGUGGUAUAACACGUAAAUUAUGCAUUGGAUUGGGUCGCAUAUCCUUGGGGCUUUCUGGUGUCAUCACAGAGUGGUCGAAUAACGAGAUGCGCCGACAGAUUGAGAAUAAUCAAAGAAUGAUGAGGGAGAAUCGAAAUAUUACGGAGACGGUGCAUAGGCUGGACUCGACUGUGGGGAAGCUCAGCGGUGAGUCUCGCUCAGAGAACAAGAUAGUGCAGGACGGGGGGGUCAACACCACAUUUUCAUCCUCAGUGGUGGGAAUGGAUUUAGGUACCCCACACACUAUAGAAACCUCAAAAUCAGUGAACGCGAUUGCCAGCGCCACACCACGUUCGCGUUCGCUUCUGGAGGUUCUCACAUACGGUCCUGCUCCAAAAGAAUCCCAAGCCUACAGCAGCAGGGUUUUUGUAAAUCCAAUGGGCCUUGCUGGAGGAGUCGCGCGCAUUUUUAUACGUCAAUCGUAUCAAAGCGCAUGGGUUGUGUUCCGAACUACCUUUUUCUCACCAUUUCCUGAGGAACGACUACUAAGUGCAGGGGUGGAUUUAAUGAUAGAACUGUUAGCCUACAUUGUGUUAGCGUCGUUGCUGUUUUGGGAACUCUCUAUUCAAUCAAAGGCUAAUGCCGCGAAGGAAGCUAGGAUUGACGAAAUGGAAUCGAAGUUGAACAGAUUAAUAGAUUUAAUGCACUUGGAUUAUCAGAGCGAAAUCAUGAAAACCACGCCCACGCCAGCUCCUAAGAACAACACAAUGCUCAACGCCCUCAUGAAUACUAUUGCGCAAAGUGCGCAUGUAGCGUGGAAAGCAUUGCGUGAACUACUUGGGUUCAACUAUGGAGGAAAGUUCCUUCAAGGAGAGGAGAAUUCUGGCGCGGCUAAAAAUAUUUAGCGUUAUGAACACUGUCGUUCAAUCGGGAGCAUGCGACUCUUCGUGGUUAAAAUUAAGGAAAUGAUUAUACACAGAAAUGGAAAAGGUGUCAUAACGGUGGAUCCCUCAGUAUUUCUGAGCAUUGUAUGCGUUUUAUUAA